GGAACUAGUAGGAAGUGACGUUGAGAUCUGCGUGCGGAUGUACGUGCAGUGAGUGGACCGGGUAUUGGCGACCUAGCGCGUGGUUCGCAUUCAGGACAUUCAAAAUCGCAUUUAUAAAUUCCAUGGCAGGAACAAUUGAUCAAGCCAAAAUGAAGUUUUCGAAAAUAGUAAACAGCCGCUCAUACACCCGGUUCAAUCAGUCUCAGAAUCCUGAUGGAGAGAGCAGCCGUGUGGAGGUGAAGCUCUCUGUGGAAGGUGAGGAGGAGGAGGAAAUGGAUGGAACAGAACAAGGACACGUUCAGCGUGAUGCGUACAUGAGAUCCAGUAAUUCUCGGCCAUUGAACAAAUGGAGGUCUCUGGUUUGCGUGGGUGUUGUGCUGGCUGUCUUCUGUGUGGGUUUACUCAUUGGAUACUCUGUCCACCGUAAGUCUGAGUCUCCUUCCUGCUCUUCACCAGACAAUGAUCAGAGCUCUGAAAAAGCUCAAGAUGUUCCACCGAUUUAUGACGUUUCUGGACCCUCUAUGGAUUGGAGUGAUCUUGUUAAACGUCUGAAUGAUAAACUGUCAUCUAAAGCCAUCGAAGAUAAAUUAAGCGUGUAUUCCCAGAGGGAUCGUAAUGCAGGAUCAUCUGUAGAUAACAAGUUAGGUGACAAUAUCCAUGAUAUUUUCACAAAACUGAAUAUGGAGCCCUGGGUUGAUGAGCACUAUGUGAAGCUACAGUAUCCUAACAGCACCAAACCAAAUAAAGUGCGGUUUGGUUCAGAGGAGAUCGGAAGUCCGAGGGGGUUCCUGGCUUACAGUGAAACAGGAGAAAAAGAGGGCAGAGUGGUGUACGCCAACUAUGGUGAGCUUGCUGACCUGCAGACCUUGCAGAAUGAAGAAUACAAAGUGAAUCUAAAUGGGUCUGUCGUACUGAUGAGAGCUGGAAAAAUCAGCAUGGCACAGAAGGUUAUGAAUGUAGCUAAGAUGGGUGCAGUAGCAGCUCUGAUCUACCCAGACCCAGCUGACUAUAGAACGUCUGAGGAUAUUGAGCUCUAUGGUCAUGUCCACCUAGGAUCAGGUGAUCCUUACACCCCAGGAUUCCCAUCCUUUAAUCACACUCAGUUUCCUCCUGCCAAGUCCUCUGGUCUUCCAGGAAUACUCGCCCAGACCAUUACUACUGAUAUGGCACGCAAAAUCUUUGCGAAAAUGGGAGGAAACAUUGCUCCUGAUAACUUUAAGGGUGUUUUCUCCAGUUACAAGUUGGGAAGUGAAACUGACAAAGUAGCCGUAUCUGUCAGUAAUAACCUUGUUGACACAAAGAUCCAUAACGUGUUUGGAGUCAUCAAAGGAUAUGUGGACCCUGAUCGUUAUGUUGUGAUUGGAGCGCAGAGGGACUCCUUGAGCUGGGGAUAUGCCAAGUCUGCAGUUGGAACUACUCUUCUGUUGGAGCUUGCAAGGGUUUUUACAGAGUUGAAGAAAGAUGGUUUCAAGCCCAAAAGAAGCAUUGUGUUUGCCAGCUGGACUGCAGGGGAUUUUGGGAACGUUGGAGUUACUGAAUGGCUUGAGGGAUACUGGUCAUCACUAGACAGGAAAGCAUUUACCUACAUUAGUUUGGAUGGGGUUGUUACUGGUGUGGGUUCCUUUAGAGCUUCGGCCAGUCCUUUGUUGCACACCCUUCUACAGAACACCCUGAAAAAAGUCCAAAGCCCUGUGUCACGCUCAGACCUUCUCCAGAGUUAUGGUGGUAGUUUGUCAUCUCUUUUGACACCCAUGCAGAUGGAUGAUGCUGCAUAUCCUUUCCUGGCCUUUUCUGGAAUCCCAUCUGUGUCUUUUAGUUUCAUCUCUUCUCAGGCCACUGCUGACUACGAGUUUUUUGGAACCGACAAGGAUGAUAAAAAUAAACUGGAUUUCGUCACCGGUGGGAAAGUGGUUGAGCUGUCCUUGCUUGCUGCUCAGGUUGCUGGGCAGAUGGCCCUCCGUCUCGUUCAUGACCACAUCCUCAAACUGGACGUUACCAAGUAUAGCAGUGUGAUCAAUAAGCAUGUGAACGCCAUCAUCACUGGUGUUAACAUGCUCAAAGAUGACAAGGUCGAUAAAAUUGAGUCUUUGUCCACGGAGUGGCUGAAUGCAGCAAAAGGCUCCUUUGGUCGUGCUGCAGCCUCUCUAACUACUGACAUCGAUAACAGCGACCUGGAUGACAUAGAGAUGUGUCGCAUACUCAAUAACCGCAUAAUGAAGGUGGAGCAUAAUUUUCUGUCUCCUUACGUCUCUAUGAGAGAUGUCCCGUUCCGCCACAUUUUCUUUGGAAAUGGGUGGCAAGCCACUGAAGACCUGGAAAAGUACCUGAAGGAUGUACAUGAAAAAAAAGCAAGCUUCGACAUAGACCAGGUCCUAAACAAGUUUGCUCUACUCACCUGGAGUAUCCAGGGCUGUGCCAAUGACCUGGCUGGAGAUAUCUGGGCCUUAGACAACGAGAUAUAGUGUUUUUCACCAACCUGACAUUGGUUUUGUUUAAAGGUUCUACUCGAUACACACAUAUAUAAUCCUGCCACUAUGAAGUAGAUCUGAUUUGAUUUGGAACCAUGACUUUGACCAAGCAUAUCUUCAAAAUUAGUGAGAUGGCAGCUUUAAGCUAAAUUGUGGAAGUUCUUUAAACAUAAGAACUAUAUUGAGAUAAUAAAUACAGAUAUCAUUCUUAUCAGUCUUAUUAUAUCUAUACAUCUUAGUAUAUUGCAUUUGGAAGAUUAUAAUAUGUAUUAUUGCUAAACUAAGGGUAAAUAAUACAAAAUUAAAUGAUAAAGACAUUGGAGCACAAGCUUAGCUCUUCUGCUAACUGAUUUUAAGGUGCAUUUCAGGUUCAAGUUGUUAUUUUUCUUAAAGAUGUUUUUCCAUGUCUCAUCAAGUUGCAUAUGGAGUAAACCUUGUUCUCGGCUGCUACUUGGGGAUUUUAGUCACUUCGUGUAAAACCCCCAAACUCAGCCUUUUUGACCAACUGAGGACCAUACUAUAUUUAUUUCUUAUUUAUUUAUCAGUGACAGUGUUCACUAUAAAAGUGUCUUUUUUUUUUUUAAUUAUCGGAAGCAGUGCCUUCCAUAAUUGUGACGGUUAUACUGUCAGUUCUUAAAAGCAGCAUCUGCUAACAGAAAUGCAUGUUACCAACAGCUGGCAUCAGAAAUGUCUCUUGUUACAGGUGCUUGAGGAAAUAAGUUAAAAAGCACCUGGUUUAUUACUUACGGAGCAGUUCCUCUUCUUUAAAAAAAAUUAUUUUAUUUUUUUUUGAAGAAAAGCCCUAAUUUGGCAAAACUGAAACCAAUAGAACAAUUUGGGCUGUUGAGUGAAGAUUUUGAAAUUUGGUUUUUCAGAUCUCCUUGUACUGAAGUAUCUUUUUAGUUCUCGUUGGUCUGAAAAAAUUUAAUGAAUUUGCAAGGCAACUUUUCAUUUUGACAAUGGCUUCGGGGGCUCAAGCAUUUUAGUGACAAAAGCAUUUCUCUGUAACAUUUAUAUUUCUAUUCUAAAACCAUUAUCGGGAGCAGUGUCUUCCAUAAUGUGGAGUGUUCAAAGGUAGUUUUUGCCUACCGGCGUGUAUAUAUCGAGGGCAGUGAUCCUCAUAUUUCACUGUAGGGUGGAUCAAAUUAUCGGGAACAGUGUUUCCCAUAGUUUAUGUAAAUAUUUGUUUUUCAUUAUUAUCAUGUGUUUUUGUGUGGCUUUUUCCUGCUUUGUUACUAUUAAUAACUAUAUUUAAUUAGGCAACUAUUGAAGUAAAUUGUGAGUUACAUCUAGUCAUGACUUGUUUUUCAGAGUCAGUUUCUUUUCAGUGUUUCAUUGGGUUCUUGUUUCAGAUUUCACUUUUCUGGUCUAUUUUUGUUGCGAUUUCAAAAAAGUGUAAUUGUGUAGUUUAUAAAGAAGCUCUUUCAGAUUUUUGCGCAUUUCUGUACCUGUAACUUUUUUUUUUUUUUUUAGGCAAGAGGAUGUUCAUAUUGCAUAAUGAUUAGAAUAUGAUGUAUGACUGAUUAGCUUGCUGCUGAUUUUACAUAAUGGUUUCAUGUUUGAAGGCACUUCUGACAAAGUUUGGUGGACAAGUUUUGCAAGUGUGUAUUGCAUACUAUUCUGAAACUUCGUCUUGUUCUCUUCUUUGUGGUACUUAUCAGAAACAGAACUUGUUUGGUCUUUCAUAGCAUGUAAAAAUGUGCAUGAAUUAAAUCUAAACAUCACAGAUUGUGUUAAAAACAAAGCAAAGGAUCUUUAUGCUUCAAGCUGUAUGUGGUCAAUUUGUGAUUAAACAGUUACUUACAAGCAGGGAUGAUUUACCAAAUUCAAAUUUAUCAAAAAUCAAUAGCAGGGAAGUUGAAAUUGAUUGUUUGAAUAUGUCCAGAUGUGUUGGGUGUUGGGGUAACAGCCAUUUGUUUACUGUGAAAUGUUAACUGACGCGUGUUUUCAAAAUCUGUCAGCCUCGAUUUACUCUGAAAUAAACUCUGGCAUUGCAAGUACGUUUA